AUGGCGGCUCUGGGUGCUGGCUGGCCACGGCAACAGGACAAAGAUACAUCGCACGUGGCGGUUCUCAACCUCCUCGCCCUGAUUUUUGCCACGCUACUACUGCUUCUCAGAAGAAGCUCCGGCGCCGGCGCCGGCGCCGGCAUUUCGUUGGACACGCUGAACAGCGGGGGCAACAUCACCGAUGGAGAGACGCUGCUCUCCGCCGGUGGCUCAUUCACCCUGGGUUUCUUCUCCCCGUCGACCACGGUGCCAACCAAGAGGUACCUCGGGAUCUGGUUCACGGCGUCUGGUACGGACGCCGUCUUGUGGGUGGCCAACCGCGACACGCCGCUAAACACCACCUCCGGCGUCCUGGUGAUGAGUAACCGGGUGGGUCUUCGUCUUCUGGACGGCUCUGGCCAGACCGCCUGGUCCUCAAACACGACCGGCGCCUCUGCCUCUUCGGUGGCUCAGCUGCUUGAGUCCGGCAACCUUGUCGUGCGCGAGCAGAGCAGCAGCAGCAGCAGGAGCGCCGCCUUCCAGUGGCAGUCGUUCGACCACCCGUCGAACACCUUGCUCGCCGGCAUGAGGUUCGGCAAGAACCUAAAGACCGGCCUGGAGUGGUCCCUCACGUCGUGGCGGGCGAAGGACGACCCGGCGACGGGGGACUACCGUCGGGUCAUGGACAAAAGGGGCCUGCCGGACAUCGUCACAUGGCAAGGCAGCGCCAAGUACCGCGCCGGCCCGUGGAACGGUCGCUGGUUCAGCGGCGUGCCGGAGAUGGAUUCGCAGUACAAGUUGUUUUACAUCCAGAUGGUGGACGGCCCCGACGAGGUCACCUACGUCCUCAACACCACGGCCGGCACGCCCUUCACCCGCAUCGUGCUGGACGAGGUUGGCAAGGUGCAGGUCCUGUUGUGGAUCCCGUCCAGCCGGGUGUGGAAGGAAUUCCCAUGGUUGCCGCGCGACGCCUGCGACGACUACGCGUCGUGCGCUACAGGGAAGAGGGGGCGUGUGGCAAAAAUCUUGGUUCCAGUGAUGGCGGCUGUGCUUGUACUCACGGCCGCUGGCCUGUACCUUGUUUGGAUAUGCAAGCUUAGAGCCAAACGUCGGAACAAGGAUAAUUUGAGGAAAGCGAUCCUAGGAUACUCGACUGCGCCAUACGAACUCGGUGAUGAAAAUGUAGAGCUUCCAUUUGUCAGCUUUGGAGACAUUGCAGCAGCAACAAACAAUUUUUCUGAGGAAAAUAUGCUCGGGCAAGGUGGCUUUGGGAAGGUUUAUAAGGGUAUGCUGGGACAGAACAUAGAAGUUGCGGUCAAAAGGCUCGGUCAAAGUUUAGGACAAGGUGUAGAGAAAUUCAGAAAUGAAGUUGUUCUGAUUGCAAAAUUGCAGCACAGAAACCUGAUGCUGCAGGAUUCAAGGUUGACUAUAAUUCACAGAGAUCUUAAAACAAGCAACAUACUGUUGGACGCGGAUAUGAGCCCCAAGAUAUCAGAUUUUGGUAUGGCAAGAAUCUUUGGUGGAAACCAGCAUGAAGCAAAUACUAAUCGAGUUGUUGGAACAUAG